AUGUUUAUCUCUCUCGCCGGCGACCCGUGUUUCGUGCGAGGAAAAGCACUUAAAAGAGCCACCGGGCCAGUUUCUAGAGGGCGCGUCACUGCGCGCAAGAGCACCGGCUUUUUAGCGCUUGCGCUAAAGGCAGUCGAUGGUCGCUCACCAGAACUCACGCCGAGUUCGGACGAACUGGCCACUCCUGCAAACAGGAACGGCAUUUCGGAGGAUGCUGCAGCAAAGCUGCAUUCACUGAAGCAGGUUCUUGACCAGAUUGAAAAGACUCACGGCCGGGGGUCUAUCAUGCGUCUGGGCGAAGUCGAUCGGAUGCGCGUGGAAACGACACCUUCUGGCUCGUUAACUCUCGAUGUUGCGCUGGGAGGCGGCUACCCGAAAGGUCGUCUGGUCGAAAUCUACGGACCUGAGUCUUCUGGGAAAACAACCCUGGCGCUGCACGCAAUUGCGGAGGUUCAAAGAAGCGGCGGGGUCGCGGCUUUCGUCGACGCGGAGCAUGCGCUGGAUCCGCAGUACGCGGCCGCGCUUGGCUGCUGCACAGACGACUUGCUCGUUUCCCAACCGGACACCGGAGAGAUGGCCUUGGAAAUAGUCGAUCAGCUGGUGCGAUCCGCUGCAGUUGACCUGGUUGUUGUUGACUCAGUGGCUGCAUUGGUGCCGAAGGCCGAGAUAGAAGGCGACAUGUACGAUAACCAGAUGGGCUUGCAAGCACGACUGAUGUCCAAGGCUCUGCGGAAAAUUGCAGGCUCGAUGUCGAAAUCGCAGUGCACAGUUAUCUUCCUCAAUCAGCUGCGGGUCAAAGUCGGCGUAUUUUACGGCAGUCCGGAGGUCACCUCGGGAGGAAACGCACUCAAAUACUACUCCACGGUUCGUAUCGAUAUUCGGCGCAAGGAAACUCUGAAAGAUAAUUCUGGCAUCAUUUGCAAAGUGAAAGUCGCGAAGAACAAAGUUGCUCCGCCGUUUAGAGUGGCGUCCGUCAAAAUUCUUUUCGGCAAGGGCAUUGACAGGAUAGGGAGCCUUCUUGAGGCGGCUGAGCAUGUUGGAAUUAUUGUGCGGAAAGGCACAUGGUAUGCCCUUAAUGGCGAGCAGUUUGCCCACGGUCGCAGUGCUGCAGAGCAGCGUCUCAGGGAUAACACCGAGCUUGCGAAUCAGUUGGAGGUUCUUGUUCGAGAAGGAAUGUCCAAAAUUCCACUGCCUCGUGAAUUCGACGAUGACGUCUUCGUUGCCGAGGAUUUGGCUCCACCGGAGGAGUCCAUGCUUGAGAUAUAA